AUAUUAAAAUUAAUAUGUAAAUCGAGUAGGAGGAGAAGGGCUGGCACUAGUACUCUGCAUCGAAGCAUCGUGCAGAAUCCUGCAAAGAAAGAUUACGAAAAAGCUGUUUUUUCCUCCAUUCUUCGUCAUUUUCAAGUUAGGAAUGUCUUCUGAUAAAAAAGAGGUAAAUGAAGAGAAAGUAGAUGGUGUUCAUCAUCACGUACAUCACGGUUCAUCACCAAAAAAACAUGAUUCUACUGGAUCUCCUUCACAUAAAAGAACUCCUUUCUUAGUCCCUAGUCCUGUUCCUACAAGAAGAACGAGGACCACAUCACAGUCAAGAAUCGCUUCAGAAACCCCACUAAGAACUGGAGUAUGUAAGACAUUUUGCCGUAAUAAAGGACAUGGUUUCAUAUUACCAGACGAUGGGGAAAAACAAAUUUUUGUCCAUAUAUCUGAUAUUGAAGGUGAAUAUGUUCUUAAAGAAGGUGAUCGUGUACAAUUCCGUACCUGUCCAUUGCCCCCCAAAUUAACUGAGGAGCAAGCCGUAGAAGUUACUAUCAUAGAGUAUCAUGGUCAGCAUGAAAAGUGGUGGAGUGGUAACUAGAAUAUGUCGUGUACAUAAUUCCAACAUCAAGGUCAUUGGUUUCCUACUGAGCAUUAUACACAUCAUAACCCCUAGCUUUGAAUCAUCAUAAAGAUAUUAUUAUCUGAUAUUAAUUUGUUUCUUUUAUUAUAAUUUCUGGUCUUUUGCUUGUGGCCUCAUGAAAUUAACUGUUAAAGACCAAUGUAGCAUUGUCAGUUUUUUUCUGGGCAGCUGGCUCAGAAAUAUGACAAUUAGUGAUUGAAUUUAGUUGAAAAAGGUCUAUUCAACUCUAUAGUUCUUUGUCUUAAUGAUGACUUUGAUUGUGUAAUGGUGUUAUUGAAGUUUUGUUUGACAAAAGAUUGAAUAGCUUUUCGUUCAUUCAGUGUACAGUACAUCUUGCCAAGGUGAUUGAAAAUCAUGAUAAAGCAAUUUUAUUUACCCAUUGCCUACCUAAUGGCAUCCGUAAGACUAAUCUCUAUUUCUUUUUAUCUAGACAACAAUAACUUAGACUCCUCAACAUAGCAAAAUAAGUAAAAUUUGAAGACCAAUGCUAUUUACAUUGUCCACAUUUAUGAAGACAAAGUCACUUAAAAGUCAAUUAAGUAAACUGCACCCCUUGUUGUCCAAAAUAUGCAAAUUGAAUGCUUUAUAGUUUAUGUUUGUUUUGAUUAAUGUUUUUCAUUUAUUUUAACAUUAAAGAUUAAACUCUGUUAAUAAACCUAUUUGGGCUUCUUGUAUACUUAUGUAUAUUUGAAAUUUACCUGUGUCACUCUUGACUCUAGAUUCUCAUCAUUCUUCAUGCACAUGCUCAAGAAAAUGGAGUGUUUGUAUAUACCAUGCAGAUGUAUCAGAUUCUAGCUACCACAUGCUAAGGUUUUUCCACAGUCUCUGGCAUGUCAUUGAACAUGCGCAGUAAGAAUGAUAGGCCUCUGGGGUCAAUAUUGACAUGGUAUACUAGCUGUAGGUAAUUGUGCUUCUCCAGUCUUUUCUCUUGUCACAUUCCCAAAGGAAUCCCAUAAAUCCCAAGACAUAACAAGCCACUAUUUUCGAUUUUUUAUAAUCACAUUUUUAUUUAGAACUGUAUUUCCAAUAUAUUUCCAUGAAAUAAAGGUCCAUUUUUCAUCACA